AGAGCUACGAUAGUACACAACCCACGACUUCAACCCUGUCACGAUUCUAGUGUGACAAGUACCAAAACUGUCUCUCACUCAGGACAUGGCAUCCCCUCCUACUUCUUUGGUGUUCACAGUGCGGAGGCGCCAACCGGAACUGGUAGCGCCGGCGAAGGCCACGCCCUAUGAGUUUCGACAACUUUCUGAUAUCGAUGACCAAGAAGGUCUUCGGUUUCAGAUCCCUGUGCUACAGUUUUAUCGGUACGAUCUCUCUAUGCAAGGGAGGGACCCCGUACAUGUCAUUAGAGAGGCAAUUGCACAAACUCUAGUGUUUUACUACCCUUUUGCAGGUAGGCUCAAGGAAGGGCCUAACCGGAAGCUUGCAGUAGAAUGCACGGCUGAGGGUAUCAUGUUCAUCGAGGCUGACGCUGACAUUACCCUAGAGCACUUUGGUGACAACCUUCACCCGCCGUUUCCCUGCUUGGAAGAGCUUCUUUAUAAUGUUCCUGGUUCCGACGGGGUUCUUAAUUGCCCACUCUUACUAAUUCAAGUGACGCGCCUCCAGUGCGGUGGUUUCGUCUUCGCCCUCCGUCUUAACCACACCAUGAGCGACGCGGCGGGGCUCGUCCAAUUCAUGACUGCCGUAGCAGAGAUAGCUCGCGGCGCAACUUUCCCUACCGUCCAGCCCGUGUGGCAGCGGGAGCUGCUCAAUGCGCGUGACCCACCCCGCGUGACAUGCACGCACCGCGAGUACGAAGAAGUGGAAGACACCUAUGGCACCAUUAUCCCACUUGAUGACAUGGUCCACCGGUCCUUUUUCUUCCGCCCCACCGAGGUGUCCGCCAUCCGAAGAUUUGUCCCGCAGUACCUCAGCAAGUGCUCCACGUUCGAGGUCCUCACGGCCUGCCUCUGGCGCUGCCGUACCAUCGCGCUCCAGAGAGACCCAAAUGAGGAGGUGCGCGUGUUGUGCAUUGUGAACGCGCGGUCCAAGUUCAACCCUCCGUUGCCGGUGGGUUAUUAUGGCAACACGUUUGCAUUCCCGGUGGCGGUGACGACGGCAUGGAGGCUAUGCAACAACCCAUUGGGGUACGCGUUGGAGCUGGUGAGGAAGGCCAAGGCGCACGUGACGGAGGAAUACAUGCGGUCGUUGGCUGACCUCAUGGUUAUUAAGGGUAGGCCCCACUUCACGGUGGUGAAUUCUUACCUUAUGUCGGAUGUGACCCGUGCUGGGUUCGGAGAGGUGGAUUUUGGGUGGGGGAAAGCGGCUUAUGGUGGGCCAGCGAAGGGCGGGGUCGGGGCAAUACCUGGAGUGGCUAGCUUUUACAUACCGUUUAGAGACAAUAUAGGGGAAGAUGGGAUUGUGGUUCCGGUUUGUUUACCGGCAGCGGCGAUGGAGAGAUUUAUCAAGGAACUAGAUGCCAUGUUGAAUGCGGAUGAAGAACUGAUUAGGGUUCAUAGCUCUACUAAAUAUAUUUUGUCUGCCCUAUAAAAUAUGAAUGUCAUAUACAUGCAUGUAUUUCUUUGCUUUUAUUUUCCCUAAUUAGUUUCUUUUCUACUGUAAUAUGGACGCCUCCUUAAUAAUAGGGAUGUUUUUGGUAUGAAUAUAUUCGAAAGUUCCUUGAA